AUGUCUCAGCCUACGUUGAACUCGAGCUUCAGCGGCAUCAACUUUGCCGGGAUGAAUCGUAGUUCAAGACUGUCCUACCCGAGCCUUAGGGCAGCUUCCGGGGAUAAUAGUAUUAACGAGGAAGAAAGGUUAUCAGCGAGAAGCGUACAAGGUUUCAGCGGAAGUUCGAGAGGAAGUUGGAUGGAUCAAGGUUCCUCGAGAUUGUCGCAAUCGGACGUGACACGGUUCAUCUUAAGGCAGGACGUGCCAGCGAAACGGGACCGUCUCUCUCAAUCUACUCUGGUUAUCGGUGAUUAUCACCCAGGUCGUGGUCAACAGAGAUUAUCCCAACCUUGCCUAAGUACAGGGAAAGAUCUUAAUUUACCGACAAUGGUUUUUCACUCACCCUCACCGCCUUCUGUUAAACACAAGAGAUUCUCUCCUGCCAUACAUGCUAGUCAGAGAGAACGCCUUUCGCAAUUAGAUAUUGGUGCUAAGUAUAGAAAUUUCAAAGAAUCGGCCGCGACGAAAUUUAACAGGGAUAGGUUUUCAAUACCCGAACUGGAAACACAAAAUGAUCUUAAGUUAUUGAUAGCUGGGACACCGAAGCAGAGAUUCAGUUUAGAUAGCCAAUUGACACGCAACCAAGAUGUAACUCGGUCUAGGUUAUUGCCAAUAGCUAGUUCACCUAUCAAUGAACACCAGCAAACUAAGAUCGAAGAGCAGACAGGAGGAAUCCCAGGAGGUAAACUUAAAAGCCCCACCAGAGAAGGCCUUGGAAGUGUGCUCGUGGCAAGUACAACUCCAAUAUUACCACCGAACGAAAGAGAAUUGUUGUCGACCGAGUUAAGUAAAAUAACAACUGCGGUUGUUAAUUCGACAACGCAACAGAAGGAUCAAACGACACUUAGGGCGAGCAAACUUCAUAGAUCAGUUUCACCUAUUCCUACUAGGGAAAGAAUGUCAGUGCCUGAAAUAAGAAAUUCGAGUCUACGCCGAUUGCUUGACCCACCAAUGAGGCAAAGACACAGUAUUACGGGCAAUUUAAGGCAGAGUAUAAUCCUUCCAAUUAAGCCUCUCGAUUUUGGCAGGAAAUCGCCGAAGCAUUUGUUCGAAGAAGCCCUGGAAAGAUUUCGAAAGGAUGAAAAAGAAGAAAAUCGAAAGAACGAAAUUUCAAAUUCGGAAACUCUUGUCGAUAUUGUUGAUGAACCUAAACAUAUUCAAAAACAUUACUCGUACACGUAUGAAAGUACCGAUGACAGUUCCUCGAUAUUUGGAAAGAUAAGCAUGUCUGCGAUACCAAAGAAGAAAUAUUUAGAAAGUAAUUUUGAUGAGAAUGAACAAGUAAUUACUACAGUGAUCGAGACGGAUGUACCAAUGAUAAUGGCCAAUCCAAAGUAUGUAAAAAAAUCAUCUUAUUCGAGCGAAACCCCGAAAUGGAUUAGAAAAUAUUUAGAAAGCGAAAGUCCGAAAGUAGGAAGAAAGAUGGCAAGCAACAAGGAGAAAACUAACAGAAGGAAUAGUCGGAGGAAAAAUUCUUUGGAAUCGAUGGAAAGCGAGAAAAUUACAGACAAAGUUCGUUCGAAAUCAGUGAGCAGCGGUGAAAGGAGUCCAAUGCUAAGAAACACCGGUAUACAAUCCGAAUUGAAAAAUAUGAAGAAUACAUACGUAAGAAUUGUUCCUUCGAAUAAAAUUCAAGAAAACAGAUAUGAAGUAAAGAUAGAGAAUAAUUGGAUCGAUGGAAAUAUUCACGGACUAUAUGGUGAUGAAUGUGAGGAUACGGAUUCCGAUGAUUCCACGUCCAUUUAAAUUAAACUAACGAUUAAACUAAUCGAAUAGAUAAAACAAAGAAAUUUUGUCCAAUUAAUUUAUAAUGAUAUUUGUAAAUUGGUGAGAGAUUAAAGAAAAAAUUCAUAUUGUGUACUUAAAGCAUAAAAUGCUACGAAUUUUAUGAAAAUUGAUAUUUUCUAGUUACCAGUCAAGGAUAUGUAUUAGAUAACAGUUUGAUUAGCCUAAAGCACAUCUUGGAAACGAAAUAACGAAAACUGAUAUGUCCGAUCCCAAUUUUAUUUUCUCAUAUUAUCAUAUUUGUAAUGAUCUUUAAAUCUCAAUGUAUUAUUUUCAUUCAAACGAGAAAAAUUUUAUUUUUUAUUAAAAUAAAAUUAAAACAAUUUGUAAAUAUUUGAAUUAAUUCUGUUAUACUUAUUGCGAUAUAUAGUUAAGAAAUUCUUAGUAAAAUUCAGGACAUGGUUUGGUAUUUUAUUAUUCACUAUUAUUCGUAAUUCGUAUUUAAAAUAUAAAAAUUUUUUAAUGCUUGCUGUGAAUGAAAGAAAAUAUAUCAGAGAAAAUAGUCUAACUAGCUAUCACAUCAAAUACAUAAACUGUAUGAAAUGUUCAUUUUCUUGUCAACAUACCACCGACACUUCUACAAUUUUAUAUAUAUAUAUAUAUAUAUAUAUAUAUAUAUAUAUUUAUAGUACGAGUAUCGAGAAAUUUAUAUUUUUUUUCUAUGCUAGUCAUCAAUGAGAUUCGUGGAAUUUCAUCUCAAAUUCCUAUUAUAUAUAUAACGAAAUAUUUGCCUCAUAAAAAUAUUCCAAAAAAUUUGUAUUUCGCUUGAACACAAUUAUAUUGAUAUGUAUUAUAAUGUUAUGAUAUUAUAACAGCAUAACGCAAUCGAUGUAACGUUAUAAUAUCUUAAACUCAGUAUGAAUGUAAUAUAAUACGGUCAUGAAUGUGAAACUUAUCGUGAAAGUUAUCGUUAAUCAUAAAAUUGUUAGUCCUUUAUAUGUCAUUUAAUAUAUGAUUAAAGAUGUUAUAUCAAAGAUAUAAUCAAAGGGAAAAGUAUAUAAAAUAUAUUUAAUUUUUAAGAAAUAUGAGAUCUUUGCAUACUUUAAAUCUCGUUAAAAAUUAAUUUUUAUCAAAUGGAAAAAUGAUUCAAAUUCAUAAGUUUUAAAAUAAUUUAUAAUUUUUUUUUUUUAAACUUGAAAAAUACAUGCAAGAAAUUUUACCUGAAUUAUAUAAUAAAUAUGCACCAUAGAUUUGCAAAACAUAACGCACUUUAAAUUUACAUAUCUUGAACAUAGUAUAUUAUGAACAUAGUAUGUCUAAAUUUUAAUCGUUAUAUCAUGAUCAUUUAAUUAUUUUUUAAAAAAUACCACUAUUUUUUAAAAAAUUCCACUAUUGACGAAAAUUAUAUGUGAUGAACAAAUAAAAGCAACUCGUAGAAAUAUAUUUAAAAUAGUAAAUGUAAG